AUGAGCGUGCUGGACAAGACCCCGCGCGUGGCCGAGGAGACCGCCAAGUACCCGCGCGCCGAGAGCCUGGGCGCGCGCGAGCUGCGCUACGGCACGGCGGGCUUCCGCGAGGACGCGAGCCUGCUGGUGUCCACGUGCCACCGCAUGGGCAUGCUGGCGGUGCUGCGCUCCAAGAGCGUGGGCAAGAUCGUGGGCGUGAUGAUCACGGCCUCGCACAACGCGGCCAGCGACAACGGGCUCAAGAUCAUCGACCCCAAGGGCGACAUGCUGAGCCAGCGCUGGGAGAAGUACGCCAUGCAGCUGGCCAACGCGGCGCAGGACAAGGUCGUGGAGGUGCUGGACGCGGUCGUGGCGGCCGAGAAGAUCGACCUCGACCAGACAGGCAACAUCUUCAUUGCCAAGGACACGCGCCCCUCCAGCGAACACCUGGCGGAGCUGGCGCGCGAGGGAGCGCUCGUGAUCGGCGGCAACGUGCUGGACUUCGGGCUGCAGACGACCCCGCAGCUGCACCACCUCGUGCGCAUGUGGAACUAUGAGCAGUACAACAAGGGCGACUGGGCCUCCGAGGUGGGCUACUACAACAUGCUGAGCGACGCCUUCAAGCAGCUCACGGCCACGCACGACUCCAAGCGCCUUGAGACCCGAUCGCCGCUGUACGUGGACUGCGCCCACGGUGUCGGUGCUCUGCAGGUGGCGAAGCUGGCCAAGGAUCUGGGCGACUCGCUCCGUCUGGAGAUUGUCAACACCCCGAGCGAUGGCGAGCUGAACCUCCAGUGCGGCGCCGAGCACGUGGAAAAGUCGCGCCAGCCGCCCACUAACAUGACCCGUGAGAACGACCGCGGCCGCCGCUACUGCAGCAUGGACGGCGACGGCGACCGCGUGGUGUUCCACUACUUCGAUGACGAGAGCACGUGGCACCUGCUGGACGGCAACAAGAUUGCUUGCCUGUUCGCCGAGUUCCUGACUGAUAAGCUGCGCGCGCUGGAGCUGGAUCAGGAGGGCGUGACGUUCGGCUGCGUGAUGACCGCGUACGUCAACGGCGCGGCCUCUCAGUACCUGCAGUCCCAGGGCAUCCGCGUCGCGCAGGCGAAGACUGGCGUCAAGUACUGCCACGAGAAGGCGACGCAGUUCGAUAUGGCCGUGUACUUCGAGGCCAACGGCCACGGCACGGUGGUCUUCAAGGACGCGCUGAUGGACAAGCUGCACAAGUGGGAGAACACGCUGCACGACGAGCGCAAGAAGCUGGCGCUGUCGCAGCUGCUGGCCGCUUCGCAGCUCGUGAACCAGGCCACGGGCGACGCCAUGUGCGACCUGCUCUUCGUGGAGGCGCUGCUGAUCCAGAAGAACUGGAGCAUCAGCGACUGGGACGCCAUUUACAACGACCUGCCGAGCCGCCAGACCAAGGUGAAGGUCGCGGACCGCAGCGUGAUCAAGUCAGACGAGGAGGACGACACCAUCGUGCUGGCCCCGGAGAGCCUGCGCUCUGCGCUCGACGCCGUUCUGCAGGAGUACGCCAACAAGCGCGGCCGCGCCUUCGUGCGCGCGUCGGGUACUGAGGACGCCGUGCGCGUGUACGCCGAGGCGGACACCCAGCAGGACGCCGACGCUCUCGCUCUGCAGUUCGCCAGGCUCGUGCACCAGCACUGCGGCGGCGUGGGCGUCGAGCCCGCGUCCUUCGUGGCAUAA